UCAUUUUCUCCUCAGAAAAAUCUCUGUAUCGUCAUCUCCGCAGCUUCUCCUCUUAUUUCGAAUUGGCAAAAUGGUUUUGAAUGGAUCUGCUCCACCAAGGGGAAGCGCAGCAGCUGCUGCAGGUCUUCGCAGGAGGAGGGCAACAAGUGGUGGUGGGGCAACAGGAGGAUCAGGCAAUUCAGUUCUACAGUUUUACACCGAUGAUGCACCUGGACUGAAGAUUUCCCCAAAUGUCGUGCUUGUAAUGAGCAUUGGGUUCAUUGCAUUUGUUGCUGUUCUACACGUUGUUGGGAAGUUGUACUUGGUCCCAAGGUCCUAAACAUAGAGCGAGAUAGUUUAGUGAUUAACAUACAAAAGGCAUGUUACUUGAAUAAUAAACCUUGUAGAGGUCGAUGAGAGUGUACUUCGACUUAGUUUGAAUAUAUGAAAAGUUUCUUACGGAUCUUAAAAUGUGCUUUCAUGUUCAAGAAGUAGUAAGGGAAAAUUCUCAAU